AUGAACGUUUUUUUUGAACAUAUUGAAGAACGAUAUGGAAUAGCUGUUGCAAAAAUCUUAAAAUAUCAUGAUAUUGAUCGUUAUAAAAUUCUUAGUCAGGUUGAUGAACAUCAAUUAAUCAAUUUCUUUGAAAAACCUAAUGAUGAACAUUCUAUAAGUGAAUUAGCUAAUUUGAAAAACGAGAUUUGUAAUAUAUCUCAAGAAUCUAUAACUUUAAAAGUUGAAACAAAAGCUAAACUCGUGUCUUUGUUAAAAUCAGCUCAAUUUAUUGUCAAAAAGAAAAAAUUUCAAGUAUUAUCUCAAGCACGAUCAAACCGACUUGAUAAUCAUCGAUCAUCCUUAUCAUCAACUGAUAACAAUGGUACUGAUAGUGAAAAACAUUUCUCGUUGUUUAAUACUAUAACAUCUUACCAAUUGAAACAAAUCAAUUCCGUUGAGAGUGGUUUCUUUUCAGUACAUCAGUUUAUUAAAAUUAUUGUUCGCGAUAAUGAUGAGAUGUGGCAAUAA